AUGGCUGAAAAUAAAGCGCUCAAGAAGAAGUCUCCCGUCGCGGGCAACGGUCUGUUCGCGCAACAAGACAUCGCGGCCGGCGACCUGAUUUUUGGGCUGAAAAGACCCCUCAUUACGGUGCUGGACAGUGUCAGCCUGGACAGCUGCUGCGCCAAUUGCUUCGCUUCCACUGGUUUCGGCGCCACCAAUAACCAGCUUGAAUUGAAAGCAUGCACUGGCUGCCGGACGGUCAAGUAUUGCGGCAGGACGUGCCAGAGCCAGUCGUGGAAGCGCCACCACAAGUUCGAGUGUCCAGUUCUCAAGACGCUAGGCCCCGAGAGGCAACUGCCCAAUGCUGUUCGCGCAGUAACUCAGACCUUGACUAUGAGAAAGGCAGGCCUCAUCUCGGACGAAGACUGGGAACGAUUGCAGAGCCUACCAGACCAUCUUGAUGAACUUCGCAAGGGUGCCGAGUGGGAGAGACAUGCCGUACUAGCCAUGGGCGCUCUGAAAUACUCCAGAGCUGAAGACACGUUCAACUCAAACAUUGCUACAGGCAUCUAUGCCAGAAUCUUAACCAACAGCCUGACCCUUAUUGGCAGCGCUCUCGAGCCGUUGGGCAUCUGCUUCGACCCACUUGCAUGCAGUGCAAAUCACUCCUGCGAUCCCAACGCCUUCGUAAUCAUGGACGGCGCGCAGCUCUCAUUCCGUGCUCUCAAGCCUAUCGCCAAGGACGAGGAAAUCUUCAUCUCCUACAUUGACGCGACCAACCCCUUUGAGCGCCGCCAAACCGAGCUCCGUCAACGUUACCACUUCGAGUGCGUCUGCAAAAAAUGCGCCGAAGGCCCGACGCUCCGCGAAGACCGCUGGCUGACGGGCUCCUCGUCGGUCCAGGUAGUCAAGCCUGGGUCCAUCGAAGCCACGGCCUUCUCGAAGCUGGAGCAGGCGCGCGGCGGAUCGCAGUACGUGCAGGAGCUGCAGCCGAUCGAGGAAGGGCUGCGGUUCUGCGCCGAGACGGGCGUGUACCCGGCCGACAGGCAGCCGUUCGCGACGAUGCGCGACGAGUACAUCGUCGGAUGCCUGUACGCGGGCCGCUUCGUCGACGCCUGGCUGCACGCCGUGCGCCGCUACUUCGACAUCGAUCCGCUGCUCUACCCGCAGCCGCACCAUCCGCUGCGCGUCGUGCACAAGUGGAGCCUUGCCAUGCUGACGCUCGUCGUCGCGCAGGACCACCACGAAGCUCUCGCGCGCACGCUCGGAACCGAGUUUGCGAAAUUGAAUCUGGGCGUCGUGCUGUUCGGCGUGCUGGUCGAGACGGUGGCCAACGUGCCGGCGAGUCACGGCGCAGGCAGCGUGUUCGCGAAGAUGGUGAUGGAGAAGUUCGAGCAGAUCAGGGUGGAUAUGACCAGGGGUGAUGAUGCCGUGUUGGCGGGCAUGAAGACGAGGAUCGAGGAGCAAUGGGUUAUUCUGAGAAAAGUUGGAGAGAAACUGCCAUUUUGA